AACAGUUACCCCCCAGCGGAUUUCCGUUCACAUUUUGUGCAGACAGACGGCGGUUGGAUAACUGGUCGAAAUAUACUUGUGAUAGUUCUGAGCUAGUAGCUCACCGUUUUCCAAGUGAUGAGCGCGAUUGGAAUGUGAAAUUGAACGCGCGGCGGGCUCCGUUCCUUAACCUGGCGGCCUAGAUUUCAAUCAUUCACUAUCCUAGCAUCGUUGGAAGGCUUCGCUGAUCGGAUUCCAGAACACAGAUUCUGGGCUGCCUUUUGGAGGAGGAUUGAUUCGUUCUCCUUCGAAUAUUCCUACUCCAGGACCAACCCCCCCAGCAGCUGACUCUCAAUCAUCGGUUAUAAGGUGCCGUGAUACUGAUAGUACUGUUACUGUAAUCGCCAUGUUCCUCGCGGCAGUCCGUCCCCACACAAUGAAGUUCACCCUUCUGGCGCUGGCAAUAUUUGUCAUGAUCACCUCCUUAACGCUUCUGGUCAUCGCCCUCAAUCCUGUUUUUCAAUUCGUUUCGCUGAAUUCAGACGUACUACUGCAGCAGAAGCCAACACUACCUGCCUCUUCUGAAUCUCUGUCGGUUUCUCCCCAACCAGAUCAUGUAGUGUUGCAACAUACCGCCUUAUCAUCGCCUCAACCCUACACAAAUGCCACACUCGGAAUAGCCGGACGUAUAUUUGUCAUCUCACUGCCUCGCCGUGAUGACAGACGGGUCAAAAUGAAGGCUCUAGCAGAAUUCAUGCGUCUCAAGUUCACGUUCGUUAAUGCUACGGAUGCAUCUGAUGCUGCUGUGACCGUAAUCAUGGAACGAGUGCGAUGGGAACGGUCUCUGCAUGCUCUUCGUAUCCAUUGGGGGCUUUCUCCUAAGCUUCCUUCGAAUCUCACCGGGCUGGAACGUUCCGACUAUAUACACUGGCCCCCUGAUGCUCAGCCCUGCCAUUUGAAAGUCGACAGCGAUUGUUCAGAGACGGACGAAUUAGGCCUCGAUGGUUCUGACUUGUGGACAUUGGAUCCUCUGCAAGACAAACGCUCCUCGCAAGUCACCAACCCUCUUCCGGAUCCUCCGAGCCCGGACUUUCGCCUGCCGCUCCCAUGUACCCCUCUACCUCUUUCAUUGCCUUCGCUUAUGCAAUCUCACGAUGGUGCUUUUGGAAAUCUCAUACGUGGAACUGCUGAUGCCCUCAGUUUGGGAAAAGAAGUCAAUGACACCCCACAAAUUAUCCCUCUGCCUCAUUCGCCCUACCCCUUUCACCUGACUCUCUCGCGGGGGAUGAUCGCUUGUUGGCAUUCUCACGUUGGGGUGCUAAGGCGUAUUUCCGAGGGCGGUGACAGUGUGGCCGUGGUACUUGAAGAUGACGUGGACAUGGAAUUUGAUCUCAAAGCUCGUCUCGCGCUGGUUUGGCCUUCUCUGCCUGCUCGAUGGGAUAUCGUUUUCCUUGGACACUGUUGGUCUCCAGGCGAAGGUACCCGCACCGCUUUGCGGAGCGUCACGAUUUUAAACUAUUCCGACUAUACAAACCACAAAGAAGCGACAUCAUACACAUUUGCUCUGCAUCCCUCAAUUUCUCCUAAAUGCACGCAUGCAUAUGCAGUUUCCAAAUCCGGAGCCAACCGCAUUAUUCGCCAUCUCCGUACAACUGCCACUCAUUUCCCUCACUUCCAUCAUUCGGGGGCCAAUCACCGUGGGAUCGAGACACAGCACCAAGGUCCGUUCUGUCAUGAUGUACCUUGCGGGGGAACACCGUUUGCAUACAGCCGGGCCUUGGAUCAAGCGCUCGUUCGUCUCAUUCAAGGACACCGAUUGCGAGCUUUCAGUAUUGUACCGAGCAUCAUUAUUCAAACAAAAGAUGUCCCAAGCGAUAUAAUGCGGGGAAACGGUAGCAGCUGGAAAGAUGAACUCGUGAACAGUGCCCUUGAAAGAAUGUAUCACGAAAAUUUCAGCACGAAUCGCACUUUGGAUUGAUAUGUUCGCGGCUUUUAGAUUCUCGGGCGUAUCUCCCACCGUACCAUUGAUUUGGAGCAUCCAUGAGCCUUACAGACAAUUCAUUCUGCAGAUCAUGCAUAGAUAGCCGCUUUUUUUGGGUACUCAAUGUAAG